AUAAAGACAAAAUGGCUGCCAAAGAAAGUUCCUACGCCAUGGAUCCCAACAGAACAGCUCCUAACCACGGUGAGGUGGAAAGUUGCAGCCCGGCCAGAACCCAGCACCACCUCACCAGUAACGGUGACAUCGCAGACCUCAGGAUAGACUUCGAACCCGACCAGUUGGGCUUCUUCCCUUCCGGCUCAUUAAAAAACGAACACUAUGCCAAUCAACAUGAAUCAGACAUUGACUUUGAUGAUGAAACAGAACCCCACGUAAAGAAUCAUAACCCCCAAGCUCAAACUGUUCACGAUUCCUACAUGCCCGCAAUCUGUGUCAGCACCAAUGGUAGUAAGCUAGACAUUCCCAGUAACGAGAGACUGGACCUCACGGUUGCUAUUGACGACGACGCCUGCAUCAUUGACGAGGAGGGAAAGAAGCGCUGGCGCUGUAACCAGUGUCCGAAGAUGUACUCGUCCAAGCACAACCUGAUGACGCACGUCCUGGGGCACAGCGGGAUCAAACCCCACGCCUGCCAGGAGUGUGGGAAGCUGUUCAAGCAGCUCAGUCAUCUCAACACACACAUGCUGGUCCACGGAGGGGUCAGGCCACACAGAUGUCAAGUCUGUGACAAGACCUUCACCCAGUCCAGCCACCUGAAGCGUCACAUGAUGCAGCACACCGAGUCCCGGCCCCACACCUGCGGCAUCUGCGGCCGAGGCUUCGCCUACCCCAGCGAACUGAAGUCCCAUGAGGCAAAACACGCAGACUCCAAGGACAACAUCUGUGUGGAGUGUGGGGCCGAGUUCCUGAGUCUUGCUAUGUUAAAGCGGCAUCUCGCGACACAUCGCGGACCCAACUCCUACCAGUGCACGGAGUGCGACAAGACGUUCAUGUACCCGAGCCAGCUCAACAACCACCUGAUGAAGCACCGCGACAUCCGCCCGCACAUCUGCUCCGAGUGCGGCAUGGAGUUCUUCCAGAUCCACCACCUCAAGCAGCACGCGCUCACGCACCGCGGCGUCAAGGAGCACAAGUGCCCGAUCUGCGGGCGGGAGUUCACGCUGCACGCCAACAUGAAGCGGCACCUCCAGAUCCACAGCAACAGCCGCGACUUCCGCUGCAACGUGUGCGGGAGGGCCUUCAACCAGAGGCAGACGCUGAAAGCCCACAUGGUCACCCACAGCGAGGUCAAACCCUACAAGUGUAAGGUCUGCGGGAAGGAGUUCACCAGGUUCCACAACCUGUCCGGCCACAUGCACCUGCACAGCGACUCCAAACCCUUCAAGUGUAGCCACUGUAACAGCAAGUUCACGCUGAAGGGGAACCUCAUGAGGCACAUGAAGGUGAAGCACGGGAUCGACGGGACGACCGCCACGAGAGCCGCCAUCGCCGCCAGGAUGGGGGACGGCGAGAACUCGGAGGACAACAGCAUGCACAUGUCGGACGAUAUGGAGGGCAGCUACGAGGGAAACACGGACGAGGGCAUGGACACGUCCUUCAGCAGUGGUGGACCUGCAGAGGAGGAGGAAGACUUGGAGGAAGAGGAGGAGGACGGAUCCUUCCAAGAAAAUGAAACUGACUCGAAACACAUCUUACCUUUAGGCAAUGAUGGAGAGCAAGUAGACAGUGUCUCCAGUCAACCUCCAGUCUUAGACCCUGGACCUACUGCAUUGCCGCCCACUGCUGUAAGUUUACCUUUGACCAAGGAGGAGCCCAUCUCACCACCUCAUGUAGAGAGUAGGUACCUGGAUAUGACUAGACCGCUACACCAUAUGGUAGACUCCCCGCCCAUAGACGUGUCUCUGCUGUACCGCAGCCAGCCUGGGCCCAAACCGAGGGUGCCGCAGAAGUUUGAGUGUGCCCUGUGCCCGACCAGGUUCACACAGAGGGGGAACAUGUUACGCCACAUGAGGCAGAAGCACUGGGAGGACUACCAGCGCACAUAUGUCCGUGCCGAGCCUGACGUCCAACAUCCCCCUCCUCCUCCUUCUCCCCCAAACAGGAACAUAUGUCCACCUCAAGGGGUAAAGACCGAGCCUCAGUCACCUCUGAUUGGUCAGUCUUCUCAGUACUUCGUGUCCGGUCCCCCAGGAAGCGGGUUGCCCCACCAUAAUGUACCCAAAUUGCACUUCAAAAAGAGACACCUGGCCGGCGGCGACCACUGGGACGUCAAUGUGUUCCUGAGGGAGGCAGUAGAUAGCAUACCUCCGCCACCACCGAUUACCAGCACAGACAGGACUCAGUAUGGGUACGCUUUGGGCGAAUACAGCAACUAUCAUAACGCCACACCAAGCAUCAGCAAUGAAAGUGAUCUGGGAUGGACGCCCCCUGUUCUUGACUUGCCCAAGGGAUUGCAUGUUUAAAGUAGGAUAUUAGUAAAUUGGACACUGCCGUUUGGGUACUUCUAAUUCUAUAUCACUGGCACAAGGAGCAAAUGGUUCCAAGAGCAUUUUGCAAUACAUGUAUAUGGUAUGUUGUUAAUGCACUAUUAUGAUAAUAUGGAGAGUUUCCAAGUGGAAGUACAUGUACAUUGUUGCCCUGCAGAACAAAAACUGCAGAAAGUUGGUGGUGCAAUCAGAAAGAGGAGCUGUCACUAGAAACAUUAGGUUAAAGUU